UUAUUAUACAACCUUUGAUCUAUUGUGUGUCAGUACAGGUGUGUGUAUCACCCAGACUAUACUAUCAGCUGAGAAACACACUGGAAGAACACUUCAAAGAGACAUCAUGUUCAGAAUUUCUGUGUUGAUCUGCAUCUCUCUACUGGUUUAUGGCAACUCAGCCAAGCCAUACAAGUCCUGGGAUAAAGUGGCUGAGUCCGCAGUCCAGGAGACUCUGAUGUCUGAAAAGGAGGUGAUGUUUGAUCUGGGGCUGAAGCAGGUGGAGGCUCCCAAAGACAUGGACAUCACUAACAAUGGCAUCCACCCUGUCAUGCCCAUCUGGAAGAACAUGAGAGGGGAAGGUGGGAAGAGAAAGAAGGUAGAAAAAGAGGUAGUCCAAGGCAGAUACUCCACAACCGAGGAGGACAUGGACCAUCUAUACCACCCAUCCAUGGAGCAGACCCAUGAUGCUGACCUGGCCAGAGCCAGAUCUCAGCCAGAGGACACCUUCGUUGGGAUGGCCAUCCAGACAGAGCCCCUAGAGGAGGAUAACACCAAGUACUACCAGGAGGCUGGGAUAGAUCUAGAUAACAUCUCUCAUCUCUUCUCAAGCCAGGUGGAUCCACGACACCCUGAACAGGACUGGGACGAACUCUACCAUCCAGAGAUGAAGAGGGGAGACGGGCUGUACCAAGUGGACGUGCCUCACCAGGGGGAGCUCUCUGCUGUAGGGGCAGAGGUCAAGGGUCAUAGUGAGCCAGAGGAAGACAGGGAUGACCUCUACCAUGGUGACCGGCCUGUACCUGUUCAGGUGAAUGGGAGUGGCCAGGACAGGCAGCAGUCUGCCGAUCGGCCCUCUCAGAGGAUGUACAGAGAACCAGAGGAGGACCUGGAUUACCUCCAUCAUCAUUAAUUAAACACAUAAGACCCAUGAUAUCUGCCCCUGACUGUCAGCUCUACAGUCAGCUACAGCUCUACUGCAUCCAAUCAAAUACUGGUUAUGAUGAGAGAAAAAAAUUAUGCUAAUGAUGAAAUAAUUUAUUUCACUUGAUGGUAAUAUGGUUUUGAGAAUUUUUGUUGAGAAUUUCAAAAUGAAUCGUUUGGUUAAAAGCUGUACAUACAGCAAUGGGUUAAAUGCACAUUGGAGUGACUCUAUAGAAGUCUAUAAACUAACACUGUAUGGAUCUAACCGUUUAUUAUAUGUUUAGUAACCAGUACUGUAUAAGUCGAUCUUCUAAGACAUUAAAGACACUUGUAACCUCUA